UUUUAUUAACACCGUAAUCAUUUUUUUACGCGUUACGUGAUGACGUAUGCAUAUGUUUUGACGUAAAGUGUCACCGCACUGUGAACUACAGCACCGUGGGAGCUCGAGCGUCUAUUUUUCUCCACAUUAUACCGAUCAGUUUCUAACAUGGCAUUGAGGAGUGCUGUGUGUCGCCUGUUGGUGAACCCUCACAGAUGCGCCUUCCUCUCAGCAUCCAGAGCCCAGGGAACUGCUGCAGCUGCCAGACAUGAUGCUGAAAAGUCUGAACAGAGGCCGAAGCCAGCUAAAGUCCAGUUCGACUGGCGGGAUGCCCUGGACCUGGAGGGACAGCUGACUGAGGACGAGAUCAUGAUCAGGGAUUCCUUCCGGACGUACUGCCAAGAGAAGCUCAUGCCUCGCAUCCUGAUGGCAAACAGAAAUGAAAUUUUCCACAGAGAGAUUGUGUCUGAGAUGGGAGACAUGGGGGUCCUGGGACCGACUAUCAAAGGGUAUGGCUGCGCCGGGACGAGCUACGUGGCGUACGGUCUGAUCGCCAGGGAGGUGGAGAGGGUGGACAGCGGCUAUCGCUCUGUCAUGAGCGUGCAGUCAUCCCUGGUCAUGCACCCGAUUAACGCUUACGGCACAGAGGAGCAGAAACAGAAGUACCUCCCAAAGCUGGCUCGUGGAGAGAUCCUGGGCUGCUUCGGCCUGACGGAGCCUAACCAUGGCAGCGACCCCAGCGGCAUGGAGACCAGAGCCAAAUACAAUCCAUCCAGUCGCACCUACACCCUGAACGGCUCUAAGACUUGGAUCACCAACUCUCCUGCGGCGGACAUCGCUGUGGUCUGGGCGAAAUGUGAUGACGGGAAGGUCCGCGGCUUCAUCCUGGAGCGCGGCAUGAAGGGCUUCUCCACCCCGAAGAUCGAGGGGAAGUUCUCCCUGAGGGCUUCAGCCACGGGGAUGAUCCUCAUGGACGAAGUGGAGGUUCCUGAGGAGAACCUUCUCCCAAAAGUCUCUGGUCUCGGGGGUCCGUUCGGCUGCUUGAACAACGCCCGCUACGGGAUAGCCUGGGGGGCUCUGGGAGCCGCAGAGUUCUGUUUCCACGCGGCCCGGCAGUACACGCUGGACAGGAUCCAGUUUGGCGUUCCUUUAGCCCGGAAUCAGCUGAUGCAGAAGAAAAUGGCCGACAUGUUGACAGAGAUCACCAUCGGCCUGCAGUCCUGCCUGCAGCUGGGCAGACUUAUAGAUGAGAAGAAAGCAGCUCCAGAGAUGAUCUCCAUGCUGAAGAGGAACAGCUGCGGUAAAGCCCUGGACAUCGCCAGGCAGGCCAGAGACAUGCUGGGAGGGAACGGCAUCGCAGACGAGUACCACAUCAUCCGCCACGUCAUGAACCUGGAGGCCGUCAACACCUACGAAGGUACUCACGACAUCCACGCCCUGAUCCUGGGCAGAGCCAUCACAGGCUUACAGUCCUUCACAGUCGGCAAAUGAUCCGUCCUUCCUGCCGCUGCAGAAGCAAACUGGAUUCUGAUUUCAAACCAGUUUCAAAAAAAAGAAAAAAAUGAUUUAACUUUAUCGAAAAUCUGUUGAAGUGCUUUAUUUUGGAGAGAUUUACACAUUCAAGUUCCGUCUGAACUCUGGAGCUGACGAAGAUUGUAGGAACCUCUGAAGUCCGUUUCAAGAUGGCCGUUUGUCCCACAGCAGGAAUCAGUUGCUCCGUGCGUUUUUCGAUGAACAAAUUCUCCUCGUUGUUUACUUUAAUAGUUAGU